UCUCGCUCACACACGCACGCGUGGUACGCGUGCACGUACAGACAGAGAGAAGGAAUACGCGCGCGAAACGGAGUGUUGGUACGGGGGAUCCACGGCACGGACACGCGCACAGAACGGAACACCCUCUCGCCGGGUCACGCCGGUGUGUGGUGGACCGAGUUACACGCGCACAUGCACACCGUCGCUCUCGUUCUUUCUCACGCCCCGUCCCCCUCGCCCCAUCGGACUUUCUUCGUCGCACGCGAUCCUGCGAGGAGAGAGACUAUCCAGCGAACGACACGAGAGGGAGUCCGAGUUCCUGGCUCGUCCCUCGCGGCUGCAGUGCGUUCGCAAACAUCCACGAGACAACCUCGAGGUGUCCGAGGCACCGCGUAGACAAGCACGCACGCCGCACGGCACACGCAACGUCACCCGUGUCAAACGCCACGAGGGCGGAGGAUCCGCGAGCCGAGAUCCCGUGAAUCUCCUCCCGCGUAAAGAUCGACUUUGCACGUUUCGUCGAUUGCCUCGCUGCCUCCUGGCGAUUUUUCUAAUGCUGUGACACUUGGACCGACCGAGUCGCUGUAUUCCAGGAAAGAGUCCUACGAUCCCUGCAACUCUCGUCCGACCGAGUGGUGUCCCGUUCGCGACGUGUGCACUACUCCACCCUCGAACUGUUUACCUUCACCGAGUCUAGUCACGAUCUCAAGCUUCCCGCGCGUGUUCCGGCUGCUCCGAUCCGGCCUACUCGAACUCGGGAAAUCGUUCGCGGAAUCUCGAGGGCGUAGGAAAACGUGACGAGAACGUAAGCAGCGCGAAGACGCUGGUCCCUUCUCCCAUCGUUAAAGCCCGGCACCGAAGAGUCGUCCCCGAUGAAAGGGAGGAGGAUUACAGUGUUCUGAGGCGCGCGAGGAAAGGUCGUUGAUCGUGCGCUGUCAGACGAGGUAACGAUCGGCGAUCGUCGAAGACUUGGCUCUUCAUGGGAAAUGAAUCGAACGGGAACGCGUGGCGGACGUCGCGAAGCACGAUGGAGAAGCUAGCAGCGUGACGAGUCGGGCGAGCGGACCGCGAUCGUUGCCGCUGAUUUCGCGAAAUUACGGAAGAGGAGGAGGAACGCAUGUACCGAGAGUGACGGGAGCUGAUCGAAGCCGACAGUCCGCGGUGGAGAGAAAGACUUUCACUCCGCGUCGAGGAACUUUGCCUGAUCAGCUGACGCGCCGAGUUUGGUAAUAGCUGGGAGGACUCGACUUUCUAGGACACGGUGCGCGUGAACGAAAUCCUGUUGAUUCCGCAGUGUGAAACGGGAGGAAGGUUAAGGGACGCGGGCCAAAGGUUCAGGGGCGUGUAUCGACGAACUUCGAGCGUGUAAAUAGGUGUACAGAAGGGUCGAGGACGUCGACUCUGAUCGAAGAAACGUCCCGGUUUCAUUCUCCUCUCUCAUCCCGCGCGCCGCGCCGCUCUAUCCUCUCCAUUUUCCCUCGCGAUAUUACUUAAUAAUAACGAUAAAAGGAACCGUUACGGCUAAGGACCAACUCGCGCUUAGAGCCGGUUCGAAUAAAAAGGUGAACAGCCUCCGUAGAGGAUUGUAAGAACGAGUAAAGUGCACGCACGGAUUGCGCACGGUGCACGCGUAGGUCUUAAUUAGAAAAUUAAUAAUUGUCGGAUUUUCGUUCUCUCUCGGCCCGGCGUGGCUCGAUUUCGAUUCUGUUCCAAUCGGUUACUAACGAGACGAACGAGGUGUACGAUCGUAACGUUUCGUAAAAGUCGCAAGUCGGAGCAGUACGGGUAAAAUACACAUUACGCAUACGUAUAUGCAGCGCUUAGCCUUUUUAGCCGUGACGCGCGCGUAAUUAAUUAGCACGCGGGCAUCGUUCGCUGACGCAACGAGGAACCACCGAGGGUAGGAGCGCGUCGAGGUUUUCAAACUCGUGGUCGCCUCCUCGGUAAUGGUUUGACAGGGUCGAUCGUUGCUCGCGCGACUCGCAGCCUGGAACGAAGCUGUCCGCGAAGAGUCGAGCUCUUAAUCUAAUUGUAAGAGGAAGGUAAAAAAAAGGGGGACCAAUUUUUCACGCCCAUUCUCGAUCUUCGCGUCUAUUCUUUCUCGUCUCUCCCUCUCUCUCUCUCUCUCUCUCUCUCUCUUUCACUCUCUUGCCCUGUCUCUUUCGUUCUUCUACGCUGUCCGCCUUUAUCUCUUUAAUCCAACCAGCUAGCCAGCCAGCCAACUAGUCAGCCAGCCGGGGGACUAUCCAUAAAUCUUUCCGUACGCUCUUUCCGUAUUAACUCCGUCAUCGUGAGACUGGCCGGAAUACCGGGGAAUACGAAGGAGUCGCAACUCACGCAAGCAAUAAAUCAAGGGCCAACCUAGCACCGCGACAAUCGGAGUGCACCGAGACUACGUUGUUCUCUGGUACGCAGAGUCGCGAUCGUUGCCUGGGAUUCGCCGAAUACAUAAAAUUCUAAAAGGUCGCUUCGGGCCAACGAGCGAUCCUCCGUACUGACUGACCACGCACUCGACGAACAAGCUACUAGGAUUCCCGGAAGAGGACUUAUUUCGUACCUGCGUUACAUAAGUGGCCAUCGAGGGAACGGUGCAAGUAACUUGAAAAGCAGAAGAGCAGCCGUCUCGACUAUUCCAAUCUCCCCGCCUCGAAGGAGAAAGAGGAAAAGAAUUAUCGAUCGCGUCGUGCAUCGGGCAGGCAGCUAGGGGGCCCGGUCAGCCGCGCUCAGCCAUUGUCCGUUUGAUGACGAUGACAUCAUCGUGAAACGGGCAUGACGCCCCUGGCCUCGAGAUGCGACGAGACCACUACCGUCCUGCUGCUGCUGCUGCUACUCGAGCUGGCGCCCGGUGCACGCUGUCACCCGGUACGCUCGGCCGCCGCGACGACGUCCGCCCCGACUUUCACGAGAUAGCAUCAACAGUCGACGACGAGGGUGCGAGUGAUGCCGCUCCUCGGCAGAAUUAUGACCAUCGACGCCGAAGGUAGUCCGACUACGACGCCGUCAACGUCCACCAACGUCUUCGACGAGAACAUGACGUGGUAUCGACCGAGCGAUGGCCCUACGUCUUCCACUAGCGAACAGACCGGCGAACGCCAACUGCAUCGGCUGAUAGCGGCUGCUGCGACGACUGCCACGUCCGGCUCGAGCGCCGGCGACCGCCGACCGAUCACCGGCGACCGACCAACGAGCGAACGACCCGGCAACGAGACGGACAACCUCCGACGAGAGGAGAACACGGUCAAAACCGACGACUGUACCUGCGCCAGAUCGAGAUUCGAGGUCACCGGGCUACCGUUCCUCGUUACCUCGACGUACUCCGACCAAGUGGAAGUCGCUAAUAGGAGCGAGGAGAGCGCCGUCGACUUAACCGGUACCACCGACCGGGAGGACGCCGAAGGACUGAGAGAGCUUGAACUGUUGUUCGGGUUGGGCGGCAUAAUGGAGGAUCUCGGCGGGUCGUUCAACGAUUCGUUCAACGAGAGUCUCCUGUGCAACGACAGUCUGUGCAACGAAACUUCGUACAUCGUGUUCGGGGAGAGCCUGUACCCGUCGGGGUACACGCUGCCCCACAUCAUACUGGCGUCCGUGUUAGCGACGAUGCUGAUGAUCGUGAUCGUCGUGGGUAACAUGCUCGUGAUCAUCGCGAUAGCCACCGAGAAAGCGUUGAAGAACAUUCAAAACUGGUUCAUAGCCAGCUUGGCGGUGGCAGAUUUCUUCCUCGGUCUGGUCAUCAUGCCGUUCUCGUUGGCGAACGAGAUCAUGGGAUACUGGAUCUUCGGUUAUUGGUGGUGCGACAUUCACUCGGCGAUGGACGUGUUGCUGUGCACCGCCAGCAUCAUGAACCUGUGCCUGAUAAGUCUGGACAGGUUCUGGAGCAUCACGCAGGCGGUGGAUUAUCUGAAGAAGAGGACUCCUGCCAGAGCCGCGUUAAUGAUCGCUCUCGUGUGGCUCCUCUCCGCCCUCGUUUGCAUCCCUCCGCUGUUGGGCUGGAAGAGACCCACUCCGGCCGAGGAGUACCCCAAGUGCAAACUUUCUGAGGACAUUGGUUACGUGCUCUACUCCGCGCUCGGCAGCUUCUACAUCCCCUCGUGUAUCAUGGUGUUCGUGUACAUACGCAUUUACUUCGCGGCGAAGGCGCGGGCGCGUCGCGGAAUCCGGAAGCAGCCGCGGCCGCGGGCCAUGGCGCCGCCGGAGUCGCCGGACGUCCGGCAGACCAGCUUCACACAGAGCACGCCCGCGACCGAGACCAAGAAACCGCCUGGUUCCGUCAUGGAGAACGUAGCCACCAUCGAGAACCAACCGGUGCAAAUUCCGAUCGUCACAUGCGAUUUCGCCAGCGACGUGAGCACGUCCGAGGCGGAUCCGGGCGGGGGAAGCAGCAUCCCGAUGGAAGAGAAGGAUACGCUCAAGGUGACGAUUACGGUCCCGAUGCAAAAGAGUAAUCUGAAGGCGACUCUUUCGGUGAACGGGGACGGUCAGUCGAGUGUGCCGCCGCGAUGCAGGGCGCCAAGCGUCGGCAUCGACGUGGACAUGGUAUCGGAGUUCGACCCGUCCUCAUCGGACAGCGGCGUGGUAUCUAGAUGCGCGGUGGUGAAGCCGCUGAAGUUGCGACUCUGUCAGCCGAUCUUCGGCCGGAAGCACUUGGGCAAAGUGAAGAAGGACCACGGAGACGGCGGCCGUCCCUCUGGGAAAGACGACGGAGGCGAGAAGGCGAUGAAACCGCGGGACCCGGAGAGAGAGAAGAGGAGACUGGCCAGAAAGAAAGAGAAACGGGCGACACUGAUACUCGGUUUCAUAAUGGGCAGCUUCAUCGCCUGCUGGCUACCGUUCUUCGUCCUGUACAUCUUGAAACCUCUGUUCCCCAACAUCGAUAUACCUUCGCAAGCGUUCGUGAUCGCGUUCUGGCUGGGUUACAUGAACUCUGCGCUGAACCCGUUUAUCUACACCGUGUUCAACAAGGACUUUCGUCGCGCGUUCCGCAGGAUACUGUUCAAAUAGCCCCGGCGAGGAUGAGCGGACGCGCUCGAACCUGUUACGGUUAUCACGAACGAGGAAAGGCCGUCGCGAUGGAAACUGGCCGAAACGGGGAGAUAGAGCAAGAGACGACCGGUCUCGGCCCGAAAACGGGGCACGUUUAUGCACGGCGGUGCCCUGGGAAAUUCGGAGUCGACGGUAAAAGCUCUCGCGGGAAACUCCCUUUGGAAUAUAAACUAAGGGAAAUUCGAGUCGGAUGGAAUUGUCGAGUACGCGACGUCCUGGAAGAUUCGCGUGUGACGCAGCCUCGGCACCUGCCGUACUCCUUCCGCGAAGGAUAACGCGAGUCCUGGAGGAAUCGCGAGAAAACAACGAAAGAGAGAGACCUGAAAAAUUCGAUGGCCCGCUGACGACGAUGAACCCUGUAUGAGGCGUCCCGCGUGCCGCUGCGGCGACAGCUUCUGAUGCCGCGGAACUGGCCGUCGAUUCGACGUGACACCCGCCGAAGACUGAUGGAUUUCACCGAUUCCUACGUCGUGAUUCAAGAUAAUCGCGUGGAGAGUGGAAAUAACGUUCCCCAGUGAGUUCACGCUCGAGCUGAUCACGAACCUCGUGUGUCACGUCUACGAGAAAUCGAGCCCGUCGAGAAAUUAGAGGAGGACGACGAACACCUUGAUUCUCCGAGUUCCUUCAACGCCCACGAACGCAGACGGCACGCGGUCCGAUUGUAAAUUAAACGUCGCGACAAUCCACUUACAUACUAUGUAUCGAUGUACGUGAAUGUAGAUAUGUAUAGCUGUAUGUGUGUAUAUAAUAUAGCCGCUGCACGCGGCUCGUCCGAAAAGCUAUUUCUUUGUUCUCGGUUCGAACAACCAAGAGUGACCAAGAAGCGAGCGUAUUCGCGUUCACCCGAGUUUCGAAUCUCGCUUCGGAAUUGCGUGUGCCGGUCUGGUACCCGUUUCCGUGGACCGAGACGCGGGAGAAACAAACUUUUGAAGCUGCGACACGGGGGACGGCCAAGUUUCCUCGAGAAAAUCUGAGCGUGUCGUGGUUUGGAAAAGAAAGGAUAACAACGGGGAGGGUGAGUUUCGAACCUGUUCUGUUUCGCGAGACGCGAAACUUCUGACACGCCUGGCAUACAUGUGUAAUAACACCUGAUGGUCGUGGGAUAUAAUGUACGGGUGAAAAGAAUCUCGACGCGAGAAAUCGUUAUUCGAAACGAGGCGAGUAUGCUUCCUAUCGAUAGGUACACGUACGCGUACACAUCUCCGCAUAACACGAACCACGCAGACACGCACAUGUACAUCGCAUUUAGAGACGGUGGAAACGUGGACACGCGGCAACGUUUUAAUCGUGUAGAGUCGUUUAAUCACGAGAAAUUUUUCCAAUUCUACGAUUAUAAAUAAAUGGGUAAGGAUGACGGAGAAAUGUAUGUAUUACCGUAAAAACGUAGGAGAUUUUCCGGUUUAAUCGAAUCGAAUCAAAAGAGGAAUAGUGCGGGUGAAGGGAGUUUCGAAAUGUAUUCGGUUUCAGCGGACGAGAUUAAAAUUCGCGCAACACGAUUACAUGGAAAUCAGGAGGAUGAUAUGACGCGAAGGGAGAACGCGGGAUUUUUAUCUCGAUCGGUUUCAUAUUAUUAAAUUUAAUCGCGCUUGAAUGCGUAGGCGAGACCUGAAUGCGUGCACCUUUAUUUGUUUACUGGGACCGAUCGAAACCAACACAGAGGACCCGAUGCGGUUUCAAUUAUUACGCGGCAUUACGCAAUGUUUGCACGUUGCGCCGGGGUGCCAAUUCGCGAUCGGCACCCGCUUCAUAAUUUAACGGCCGCGCCGGUUUCACCGAAGCACGCACUGAAUCCGCUCUCAUCAAAAUCGAUUAAUCCCGACUCUCGAAACCGGCCCCACCUAUCCUCCCUUUAAUCCUGAACACCGACUCUAUUUAAUCGAUUAUCGCAUCUGUACUAUAUCCCUCGCUUUCCAUCGUUCCAAUCGAUUCGACGAACAGCUUCCGUCGACGUCACUGUGUUCACUCAUUUCUGCGACCCUUACGUGUUAAAUUGACGCGGAAACGGUGGAUCAAAAGACAAAUGAAAAAAGCUCGAAGAAAUAUCACGAAAAACGGAAUUACAUACGGACUAUAAAAUUGCCCUGGAUCGCGUGCAACGAGUAACUGAAAAUAGAAAACAAGGGCUGUGCAAUCGGUGCUGGUAAAUCGAAAAAGAAGCAACAUGAAUUUUCGGAAACAAUUUCCUGUUACUUUUUCACCGAUGUGGCCAAUCCAGCCUCUCUAUUUCACAGAUUAAAGAUCAUCCCUUUGCCAACGCCAUUUGACCGCGAGGAAUAAAAAAUUUUUUUCGGUUUGCCUCCCGGGCUCGAAAUCCAGGUAUUUUCGUUCGAGGGUCGGGAUUUAAAGUCCCCUCGAACACGAACAUAUCUCUGAUUCUAUUUUGUUUUUCAAUUAUGUUUCAAAUAACAUCCGAGUUCGAGACACCUGUUUUCUCAUGAAUAUUUCUCAUAAGUUUUCACGAGAUUUUGUUAUUUGAAAUAAAACGACAGAAAUUCAAGAACGAAGUGCUUUUCAAUCCCGGAUAAUCUUUAAGAAGAAUUUCGAAUUCAAAAUUGAAAUAAAUUACAGAUCUUCGAGAAUAAUGUUUAGCUUUGGUGGUUGAAUCUGGGUUUCGCUGGAAACCUCCCCAACUCGGAGAUCUUCUCCCAGAAGUUACCAGCAUACCAUAUUUGCUUCGAGUUCGCCAGCGAAACUAAUUUACAAAUUAACCGUAGCCGCUUUAUGGCCAUCUACGUGACACGCAACACGGCGCAACGAUAAAUCAAUAAGGCGUGCAUACGUGAGCGUCCAUACCUGAUGCGUCCUUAGUCGCACGCGUUUGUCUGGUUUUCUCUUCGCAUUAUCUCUCUCCGUGCUGCACGAACUGGGGCAAAGUGUUCGCCGAAUGGAGUAACAAGACGGUGUGUGCAAAAUACAGCGAGCAACGCCAACAGGAGUCAUGUUCAAAUUGCGACGUUCGAUUAUCAACUUGAGUUAAAUACAUCUAAUAGCACGGACGAAGUCUAUUUUAUUUUAGAUCAUUUCUGCACGAUGAUUUUUGGAACCGUUAUUUUAAUUGAUAGCCGCAGCCUUAAGGAUGUAUUGGCUAUACAGUCAAUCCCAAAAGUUUAUGCACUUUAG